AUGGUUCUACAGUCAACAAAUGCGAAUGACACUUGGUUUGGCUUUCAUGUGGUGGAUUUUUGUGCGCAAUUCGAGGACCUGGGAAUCUUGAGCGAUUUUGUCAUCAAACUGAAAACGGUGGCCAAUUAUGAGCAGUUGAAAAUUCCCACUUGUGAGACUGCGACCGACUCUGAAGAUGAUUCGUUCGAGGAAGAUGAUGACGAUACCAACACUGCUAACAUGGCGCUUCUGAACCCUGAUCCACCAAUGCUUGAGCGAGCACAAACUCCACGUCAUUGGCAACACCUGCUGGUAAAGGGUGUGACGCUUCAGGAAAGAAAUCCCCAGACUCAACGUUACAUCAACGGACCAGAAUUUGAAAGGUGCUCUUCACGAGGCCUGGCCUCU